AUGUUCCUCAUCCGUGGUGUGGAAGCUGCUGACUUUCGUCAGCGUAACAUCUUCCCGCUGCCCGAGAUUGACUCUGAUGGUGCGGGCCCCGGUGGUUGCGACUGGAGCCUUUUUGCCAACCAGGGUAUUAAGACCCUCAAUGAACUUGCUGGGUGUGUGAAUUCAGAUUUUCAUGGUAAGAGGAAACCUACACGUGUGCAACGCCGUGUUCUUUCUCACAUCACAGAGUGCUACAGGGAUGCUUAUCAUCAUGUUGACCCUCAUGAGAUGGUUGGUUCCCUGUCUAGCCUGUGUUCAUCAUCCAAGACCUAUGAUAGUGGUCGCAGUGAUGUGGAGCCCUACGUCAAGGAGAAUAUCUCCUGGCCUGAGGUGAGCAAUUGCCCAGUUGCCCUGGACACCUGCCUACCUCCGGCUGACCGUGAAUGGCUGGGUGCUUGGCGCAAGCAUAUGCUGCAUGAUGGUUCUAGCAGUCAGGUUGAGGACACGCCGGUUAAACCGUAUGUUGAUCCCAUUCUGAAACAUAAUGUUACCGCAUAUGCCGAAUUUUUGGAAGAACUCAAGAGCAGAAACAUGAUCAAGUUCAAAAUUGCCAAUGGUGAGAAGGGGGCCCUUGGAGUCUUCUUUGUCAAGAAAAAGUCUGGACAGCUUCGCCUCAUUUUCGACACACGUCGAUUGAACCAGAGCUUCAAGAAACCACCAUCCACUGACCUCCCCUCCGCAGAUGCAUUCACUCGUACUGAAUUUCUUGAAGGUGAGCCCUUUUACAUCGGUUCAGGUGACCUCACUAACGCUUUUUACACCCUGGCCGUCCCGGAUGGCAUUGCUGAGAUGUUCACCAUGCCCGGCAUUGAGGCUGGUAAGGUUGGCGUCUCCGACAUUGCUGGGACACCUACUGAGGCUGAAACCAUUGUGUUGCCGUAUGUCACCGUGUUGCCGGUGGGGUGGAGUUGGGCUCUUCACCUUUGUCAGUCCGUACUUGAGUAUGCCAUCACUUGUUCUGGUUUCACACCAAAGCAAUUCAUCGGGGACAAGCGGGAUGCAGUUGUGAUGAAUGACAAGGGGUCAACCGCAGUCGCUGCGUACGUCGACAACUUCGGUGUUCUUGGUGCCGAUCGCCAGGUCGUUGAUGAGGGACUUCAGAAGAUCAUCGCCACCCUGAGAGGGUGGGGGCUAUUAGUUCAUGAAAUUGAGCCUGCUAGCCAGCGUGCAGACUUCGUUGGCCUUUCCUUUGAUGGUGUCAGGGGAACUGUAUCGAUCAAGAAGACUCGUAUCAAUCGUAUCAAGUUUGCCAUUGACGAGCUGUUGGAAAGGCAAGUUGUGAGCCGUCAGUUGCAGAAGCCGGUCGAUCGUCAUGUCUCGCGACACCUGCUGCGGCAAGCGAAGACAAAGCUCAGAGGAUCCAUUCCAGAGGGCCUGACCUACCUAGAGGCCCGAAGUGUCCGGGAACCUACACGCCUGGACUACAUGCGACGGAUCAAGGACUUCAACCACUGGUUGGGCCCCCAUGUGGUAGACUUCACAAACCCCCUGGACGUAGACAACAUUCUGGUGGAGUACCUGCAGGACCUGUUCGACUCCGGUUUCAAAGUGGACUCAGGGAUUCGGAUUCAUGCUGCCAUCAGGUUUUGUCAUCCACAGUUGGGGAAGAGCGCAAGUGGAAGUCUGCCCCGGUGUUUACGGGCCCUCCGGGGUUGGAAGAAUGCAGAUCCACCAUUACAGAGGAUGCCACUGCCAAUAGAGGGAUUUGGAGCCAUACUGGGGUACUGCAUAGCGACAAACUUCUUGGAGAUGGCGGUUCACCUGUUUGUUCAGUGGAUGACCUACAUGAGACCUGGCGAGGCAAGCAGCCUCACAACCAACCAGCUUAUCCCCCCUAUGAGCAGAUCUUUGAGCAGCAUGCAGUUUUUUGCCGUGCUGCUCCAUCCAGCAGAGGGACGGGUACCUGGGAAGACGGGUCAUUUCGACCAGGGAAUUCUACUGGACAGCGACUUGUGGAUCAAUCCCAUCCUCAUGAAACUUAUUCACAUGAAGAAGCCAAGCACACCACUGUGGAACCACACACACAUGGAAAUUCUCAAUGUGUUUCAGAAGGCUGUCAAGUACCUUCAGUUGGAACCACUGGGAGUAAGCAUGUACACCCUUCGCCACGGAGGUGCAUCCUACGACAUCAUCAGCCAACGGAGGACCAUGGACGAGGUCAAGCAGCGGGGAAGAUGGUCAGCCGAUUCGAAUUCGAAUCCGCGCACCCCGAACUACAAGGAGUUCCGGAAGUUCAACUGUCGAGAAGCAAGGAAGGGCGGCGAGCCCCCGGCCAAAGCCUUCUUGCGCUUCCUUGGGUUGAUGCUGUUAUUGAAGGCCUUGACCCUCUUCAAGUGUCCGAUGGAUCUCACGCCACAGGGCAUCAAACUCCUUCAGACGCUCUUGGUGAUCGACGUGAGGGUCACCAUAUGGAAGUUGCCCUUUGUGCUGCCCUGCAUCAACGUCGGCUCCAACAUGCACCACGUGUCGCUGUACAAGUGCACCAGUCGUGAUGAGGCAGAAGCACUUCAGAAGCGCAUUGAGACGAGUGUAUUCGCACCCGCAGACACAGUGGGUCAAGUGAUCAGUGCCUUCUACGACAACCGCCCUAUUACCUUGUGUACAGAUCAGCGGCAGAUUCAAGUCUCAGGCACUUCGCAAGAGGCCUUCGAAGUCCGGCUCAGCAAAAAGGGCUGGCCCGGGCCUCGUUUCAACGGUGUUCCUGCUGCACUUGACCUGGCCAUCACGGCCCCACAGCGGCAAGACAUCGUAGCGCUGGCUGGAGCAACAUCCUUGGCAGCGGCGACCAGCUAUGCUGCCACGAAGGCAUCCCACCUGAACACAGCCACUCUUUGCGCACAGCAAGGGGUCCACUUCAUGCUGGUUGUGGCCGAGUCAACGGGCGCCUGGGAGCCCGAAGCCAGCAAACUGCUCCUGCAACUUUCCCGGAGCACGGCAGCUCGAACUGGGGAGGAUGCUGCUGCCCUCAAGCUGCAAGAACUGUCCGUUGUCAUCCGUAGCCACAGGGCGCGAGCAGUUCUCAGCCGGAGAGCAGGGCUUGCCGACUCUUCCAGUUGA